AUGGUCCAGCGAUCUUCAACUUAUGUUGUGACAAUCAAGAGCAACAACGCCGCAUUCUCCCCACUUUACGGUGAAAACAGCCCAGCCAACGAAGAUUCUGACGUUCUCUUUUUAGGCAUGCCCAAUGCAGUACUGAAGAAACUCCAAGUCGAAGGAACAUCCGCACUUUGCGAAGCCGAUAAGGAGAUUCUGGCGGGUCUCGAAAAAGCCGGCUUCAAGACCGACAAAGGCAUCGACGACAGCGGUAUCUGGUUCAAGUACCUCCAACGAGGUGGUGGUUAUUACCUCGAUUCUGGCUGCUCCCAACUUAUUGCCGACGGUAAAAUUGCAAUCAAACAAGGACAAGAAAUCGUUGAGGUUUUACCAACCGGACUCAAACUCACCGACGGAGAAAUCCUUGAAGCUGAUGAAAUUGUAUGGGCUACUGGAUAUGGUUCUAUGCGUAGUCACUGCCGCACGAUUUUCGGAGAUAAAGUAGCCGAUCAAGUACAUGAUGUCUGGGGUAUGGAUGAGGAAGGCGAGGUUAGAACUAUGUGGCGAAAAUCUGGACAUCCUGGCUUUUGGUUCAUGGCGGGGAAUUUGGCACUUUGCAGAUGGUAUAGUCGGAUGCUUGCGCUGCAGAUCAAGGCGAUUGAGGAGGGGCUCAGUGGGUAUGAAGAUUUGUAA